GGCGCCCUGGGAGGCUCGCACGCUUGAGGUCCAGGAGGCUGCCGGUGUCUCCUUCCUGCCGCCUCCUGUAGCUGCCGCCAUGGCCAUGUUGCCUGCGGGGCGGAUGGGGGCCGCCAUCCGCCUUCUGUUGCGACAGCAUCAGCCACGAGCCUGUGCUGUAAGGAUGCUGAAGGCUACAUGCUCCCAGCAAAGUGAAGCCCUAGCAAGCCCUCCUCUGGAUGAUGCCCCCAAAGUGUACUCGCCCAAGAUUCACCAGCUAGUUCAGGAUAUUGCUAGCCUGACUCUGCUGGAGAUCUCUGACCUCAAUGAGCUUUUAAAGAAAACCUUGAAGAUCCAAGACAUGGGACUCAUGCCAAUGGCAGGGAUGAUGCCAGCAGCACAACCAGCAGCCUCGGCAGCAGAGGAGGAAGAUGUGCCCAAGAAACAGGAGAAGGUCAUUUUCACUGUCAAGUUGACUGAGGUGAAGACUGCAGAGAAAGUGAAGCUCAUCAAGGAAGUGAAGAACUGUAUGCAAGGCCUGAACCUUGUCCAGGCAAAGAAGUUGGUAGAGUCUCUUCCUCAAGAGAUCAAGGCAAACAUCUCUAAGGAUGAAGCGGAGAAGAUCAAAGCUGCUCUAGAGGCAGCCGGAGGGACUGUGGUUCUGGAGUAAUGGGGUCAGUCUCCCUGUCAAAAGACUACAGCGGAGCAGAGGCCAGCCAUCUGAUCUGUCUUGCCCACCCUUGGCUUUUACUGCCUGCCAACUGGUGGAGGGUAAUGUGCGAUCCCAGGAAGCUGUGCCCUGCCUUGUUUCCUCUGCAAUGGGGGGUUUCUGCUGGGAUAGCCCAGUCCGUGAUGAAUGCCUUUGGCACCGUAAGGUUUGCUAUUUGUACCAGCACUGCAAAGAACUGAGUCUAUAAAGAAUCUAUAUGAGGGAGACCACCUUGGAACAA